UGAUAACAGUCUAAUGACUUGCUUCUCUUUGAGAGAAAGAACAUCUGUCUAAGGUUUGGACGCUUUCAACGUAGGAAAGGUAAGAAAAUCUGACCAAAGUUAGGCAAAAAUUUACCUGCAUUGCAAUGGGCGUCUGUAAUGUUAAACAACAUUUGAAUUUUGUCCCCUUUGAGCCGUCGAUAGGGGGUGAGAUAUUUCUCGGAUUCGGGAAUUUUAACUGAAACAAUUAGACACUUUCCGGACGAUUUACUUCACACAUGUUCGCCCGAUCACGUGGAAGCUGUAGUUUUUUCAAACAAAAUGGUUGGGAAAUCUUGGCCCAGUAAUCCUUCAUUCGUGUAAAGAUGAUUUUUCAUCAAAUAAUGCAUUUUAAGAGAGCGAGAUUAGGCUUACCCACUAUAUACUUUGUAUUCAUGUAUGUCAUGCAUGUUUCAAGCACAGCAGGAAUACUUAAAUACCUUCUAAAGAAACCAAAAGGGCAGUGGAAGAUAUUUAUAGUGGGUACAUAGGCAGCAAAUCAUAGUAACUUGCUGUAUCCUUUGUCAUUUUCUUGCAAAUUAUAUGUUUUAAGUGAGCAAUCAGCUUUAAGUUAUUCAGUAAGACCGAGAGGGGUCUGAAACGGUGUGUGGAGCAUUACCGCUGUACAAAAUAUUCAGCGAGAUAUCUUUCUUUAUUCAAACAUUCAAUCGUCAAUCUGUUUAUUUUUUAUCUAUUUACUGUGAUACAUAUAUAUAAUUUUUAUUGUAUAUUCAUCGAUUCCAUAUUUGUGAACAAUUUAAAGAACGUAAGAUCAUUUCAUCUUUUAAGAGGCCCUUAGAUAUGCGAAAAAAUUGUCCUUCGUGAUCUCUACAAAGAUAACAGAUCAACGAGGUACAUUGGGUCUUUUGAAUUUUAUGUUCAUUUUCUUAAAGCAGAAGGGGCGAACCCUCCGAGUAUACCAUCCUUAAUCUUAGCAGAGGAUCAUUGGCUGAUUUGAGGGUAACAUUUGAAACACGAGAGAGGGAUAGAAUAAGAGAGAUAGAUAUUCAUUAUCUUGGUAAGAGUUUAAAGUAACAAAUAAAAGCUGCUUAGUUCAGAUUAAUUGACUUGGUUUGACUUAGCAACAGAAAGAGACUUAUUCUCUUCGCUUUUUUCAGAGACUAAAUCGGCGGGUUUCUUUCACAUUGAUUGAAAUGCAGCAUUCAACAAAGUUUAGAAUUGGCGGCUAGAAUGAAAUAUCAACGCUGAGAAAUCCAAUUCCUGAUUACGAUGCAAAUCACGCCUCACCAAAAGAUCCAAUUUGGCAAUAUGAACUGAUCUUUGACCAAGAGAACAAUCUAUUUAGCCCCUAAAUCAUGCUUACACAAGAUGGAGAAGAGCCUUAGUAACUAUCACUUUGUUUUAUACAAUAGUCAUGCAUAGAGUGUAGCUUAGUGAAUUGGUGCCUGUCUAUAAGCUUUUUUUAAGUGGGACAAGAGUAAACUCUAGUCAGAGCUGUGAUUGCUGUAGAGUUUACUUCCCCCAGACAUAAGUGUAUUUUCAAAUUUCGUACGUUUUCAUUUACUCGAUCGCUAACCACAAUAUACUACGCUUGCCUGCGAAGCGACCGGUACUUCGAGCUAACACGGCUGACAUUAGAGUGGUCUAAAAUUGCUUUGUAACUUCAACUACUUGUUAACCGGGAUAUGCCGCACAUGUUUUAAAGGCAUCAAAACUGCACUAAAGUGGGAGACAAGUCAACUGUAUUCUAAUGUUCUCCUAAGCGGGGGGUACCGUUUUACAGAGUGCGCUCGAAUCAAAUCAGAGUACUGUACGGCAAUAUAAGCAUCAGUGUUUUAGCUCGGCAAACUAACUGCUUCAUACGUUUUCAUAUUGCGAGCUAAUUGUAACGAUUACUGAGGAGUCAUCACAAAUAAAUUACCAACGUGGUCUAACAGUUCUGAUGACAAAAACUAUUCUAAGCGAGAUUGAAGCAAACAAGUGUCGGAAGAAAUAAACCUCUCUUUUUAUCUAGUCGGUUGGAUUAACUUCCACCCAUAAACUUGCCUCAAUUUGUAUGACUCUGGUGGCUCUUUUGAGACCCUUUUUGGAGAAACUAAAGGUAGCAAAAUAUGUGUUGCAAUGCACCAGACGCUUUCAAUAUAUAAAGGUGAUUUCAUAUGCCAAUGCGAUAUUCAUGGUCAUGUUGUUAACAAAGCUACUAAGUCUUCAAGUCCCAUCAUUUUCUCUUCGGCUACUGAUACUGAGGAGUUAUCAAAGUGUAUCACAAACAAACAGUUUUUCUACUGUGGUGAUUCUAUGUGAGGGUGAAACAUACAGACCAGUGCGGAAAAAUUGUAAAAGUAAAAACUCAGUCAGUCUGCUCUGUAUAUAUUUAAAUGUUUAUUGCUUUUGAUAACACGACAAACUUUUAUUUGGAAUAAGGUUUAAUUUACCGACUGUUUGAAUUGUUGCCCAGUUCGAGACAUCUGAUUAGUUUGAUUAACGUCCAUCGGUACAAACUUGCAAAAAUUUUCCGACCGAUGUGACUCUUGUAAAUCAUCUGGAAUCUGUUUUGAAGAAGCUAACAGCAAAAAGGUAUAAGUGGAGUGUGCUAGACACUUUCAAUUGACAGGAAUGAUUUCAUAUGCCGACUUUCAAGGACGCCAGUAGACAGCUACAAUUUGAUGGAUGUGAUGUCAUCAUGACAAAGGCGAUUGUUUCACGUCAGCGAUGUAUUGUCAAGUAGUCAUCUUUUUAACACGGCAAUUGAUGCAUGUUUUAUGUCGAUGAAUCUUUGUAAAAGAUAUUGAGGAAUGAUUAAAGAGUAUCGCAAACAAACUGGUUUUUUGAAUGUGGUGAUUCCGAGCGAGAGUAAAACAGCCCAGUGCUGGAAAAAUGAAAAGGUCAUAUGUCAGUCAGUCUCUACGAAAGAGAGGGUCUUGCACCAUUUUAAUUGUUUCCUUCCACGUAAGUAGGAACCCGUUAUUUUUCCUUUGGAUUGCCUUCUUUGCAGAUACUCAAGAAGAAAGCUUAUUUCUUCUACUAAAGAUCAAGCCAGAAUCGAAGUCAACGUCCAUUAAUGCUCGGUCUCUUUGCUUUUAUUUUCCUUCAUUGCAGAUACUCAAGAAGAAACGUUAUCAUAACGAAAGUUUCAGCUGCAACUACUGAAGGAUAUGUCCGCCGCUUCAGAUUAUCCGGAGAUCGUGCCGAAGAGUGCAUCUGAGGCUAAAGGAAUAGACUUUUGUGGUACUAAACACCGCUUCUAUAUUAUCCGAUCUGAUGUGGGUGUCUACAUGAGGUGCGAAGAUAUUCACGCUGGAAAAGAUAUCAAGAUUCACCGUCUAAGUGAGGCCUGUAGAUGGGGCGAUCACUACUUAGCCACUGACUCUUUUUUUUACAUCAUUAAAGGAGAUGAAUAUCGCAGAGUUACCGACCUGAGGAAAGACGAUGACGGUGUGGUUUACUCUCUUCAUUGCAACUGUCGCGGAGGAAGCAGCUACUACUCUGCCUUUGGUAAUUGGUACAUCGUAUUUGCCAACAGAGGUACCUACAGACGCGUGAGUAACAUGAACAAAGAUGAAGACGCAGUUGAAUAUAAAAUCCAUCAAGCGUUCCAAGAUGGCAUCUAUUACUGGGGUACCAAUGAUUAUGUGUACUGUCUGAAGCAGGCUGGAAAAUGGGGUGUCACCUAUCACAGAAGCACCAAUAUGAACUUGAACAAAUAUUGCGGUGACUUCAGCGUUCACGAGUCAGUGCUCAAGUUUAUCCCUGGUGGUAUAGCGCACACCCAUGGAAAAGUGUUCGGGUAUUGGAAAGAUGUAACACGUCUUCAAAAUGACUCCGACACCGCCAUUGAAUUGGAAAAAACCAUCAAGAAAACCGUUGGAUUUGACAGGAGCACAAUGUCCUCCAUAGAGUUGGAAUGGUCCAUCGAGAUGGGAAUAAGCGAAGAAGUAGGAAUCAAAGCCCAAAUUUCAGAAUUGAUUGAGGCUCUCUGUAAAGUUCAGUAUAGCCUCAAAGAGACGUUUGGUGGAAAGAUGGUCAACACAGAGCAGUGCAAGUGGAGUGACAUCACUAAAGAAGACGAAAACGUUAAGCUGAAAAUUCCACCGAACACCAAGCUGUACGUUUGGCAGUUUCAAAUGGGCUUUGGAAAGAAGAAGAAUCUCUUCAGUUGUGACACUGCGAUCACAUACGGUAAAACACCACCUGAGGAAACAUUAAAGUAUUUUAUGCAUUAA